GUUGUGAGCACCUCUUCGCCACGGUUCCUCCUCGGCGGGUCGUCGCCGUGCGCCGCCUCCCUCUGCUUGAGUCCGUCGCCGUUGGGCGCCGCACCCGAAACAGGGGGUGUUUUGCAAAAAAGUUGGAUAUAUUUACGCAAAAAUCCCUGGAUUGGAUCGCGAUUAGUAUCGGAUCGCGGUUCGCGAUCCAAUAUAGAAGGUUUUGUGUAAAUUGUUGGGAGUUUUGUGUAAAUAGGCAAUGCUUCAUUUGGUGGGGUACCCAUAGACGUUGGAUCUAACUUGUACGGGCAAGAUUGAAUCAUCGGGCCAAUGGUUCAACGACCUCCUCGCUCCAGGCGAUUGCGCCGGCGGCUCGCGCCACCCACUUUCCCGCCGGAGACGUUCUUCUCGGCAGGGCCACGCCCUCCUCGAUUACUGCCGCGCUUCUCCCACCUGGCAGCCAGCUUCCGUGAUGCCAUCGAUCUCGCCGGCGGAUUUGCUUGUCUGCUCCGGCCGGUGCUCCACGGAGCGCGAUCUCCGGCUCCUCCAUGCCGCUCUCAUCCGUCGCCGCCACAUCCUCCCUACGGACGAUGCCACCAAGGUACUCGCCAAGCUCCUCCGCUUCGCCGCGGUAUCCCCGGCUGGUGACCUCCGCCACGCCUCCUCGCUCCUCUCCCUUCAUCUCCCGUUCAUCUCCGCCGCCGCUUCCCACCUCGCCUUUUUCUACAACACCCUCAUGCGCGGCUUCGCAACCUCCUCCUCGCCCGGCUCUGGCAUCGAGCUCUUCACCGCAAUGCGCCGCGCGGGCGCCGCGCCCGAUGCCUUCACCUUCACCUUCGUCCUCAAGUCUUUCUCGCGCUGCCAAUCACCGGGACGGUUACCCUCUGACCUACACGCCCAGGCGAUCAUGCACGGCUGCCUCGGUGCGCGCAGCUCGCACGCUCACGUCCACAAUGCUUUGCUGCACGCGUACGCGUCUCGGGCUGCCGUGGACGACGCCCGCAGUGUGUUUGAUGAAAUUCCCGUCCGGGAUGUUGUCUCUUUCUCGGGGCUACUCACAGCGCACCUCAAAGGCAACCGUUUGGAUUCCGCACGAACGCUGUUCGACCAAAUGCCGCACCGGGACGUCGUUUCCUGGACUGCCAUGAUUUCUGCCUAUGCCAAGGCACAGCGUCCACAGGAGGCCCUGGCGUUGUUUGAUGCAAUGCCAGUGCAGCCAGACGAGGUGACCAUGGUGAGUGUUGUGUCAGCAUGCACUGCACUUGGCGACCUUGCAACUGGGGAGCGUUUGCGGCAGUAUGUUGAUUCCAAUGGUUUUGGUUGGAUGAUUUCACUCCGCAAUGCACUUAUGGAUAUGUAUGCUAAGUGUGGUUGCCUAACUGAAGCGCGCGCUUUGUUUGACGGGAUGACCGUGAGGAGUUUGGCAUCUUGGAACACGCUUAUCUCAGCAUAUGCAUCACAUGGUGAUGUGGAUAGCACAGUUACUUUGUUUCAUCAGAUGCUGGUUGAUGACAAUUCUGUGAAGCCAGAUGGGGUGACACUGCUUGCAGUGCUCACCGUGUAUGCACACAAGGGCUUUGUUGAGGAGGGGCGCACUAUGUUCAAUGCGAUGCAAAGAGGAAAUUAUGGCAAAGUUGAACUCACUAUUGAGCACUACGGGUGCAUGGUGGACUUGCUUGGUCGGGCAGGGCAACUUGAGGAAGCAUAUAAGAUGAUAGAGCAAAUGCCGAUUCAGAGCAAUGAUGUAGUCUGGGGUGUGUUACUUGGUGCAUGCCGGAUGCAUGGCAAUAUUGACAUGGCAGAGAAGGCAGUCCAGAAGCUAAGGAGCCUAAACCUGCAAGAGGGUGGUUAUUACAUUUUGCUCAUAGAUAUGUACACAGCCGCUGGCCGAACAGCAGAUGCCAUGGAGGUUAGACGGGCCAUGAAUGAAACCGGGGCCAAGAAGACUACAGGCUGGAGCAGCUGGACUACUGCCUGUCUGCAACAGUAGUUUUCCGAGGCCUAUCUGGUC